GAACCUGCGUGACGCUCAGCAGGUUUUUAUCUGACGCUUCUCUGAACGAGGACAGAUGUUGCUGUCAAACGACUGCUGAAGUGUGACGGAUGAAAAACGUCUGCAUCUGUUGGAGAAACUUGAUAAAGAACACGGGAGGAUUUUUUCUUUUUGAUGAGUGGCUUCUUUUGUGUGGUAAUUAUCCUUUUGUGAGAAAACCGUGAAUCUACACGACCCUGAAAGUGAAGUUAUUGUUUUUGAAGAGACACAUUUCUCUGAGGAUUUAUGAAGAAGGAACAAGAACGAAUCUUCGCACAUUAAAAGGAUCUUUGUGAUGUGAUUUCUGUGACUUGACCUUUUCACAGUCAGAUGACCUUAUGUUCGCUUUAAGACGCUGUCGUCCCCACAAACAUGUAUCUGGGGUCAAAGGUCAGAGGUUGAUAAAGAGGCACAUCAUCAAGAAGUCAGACAGCCAGGACUGACCUGAGAUCUGAUCCGGAGGAGAAAGGUCAGACUGACGAGCUGGAUUAUUGAUACGAGGCUGUUUCCUGAGGGACCUGAAGGGACAGAGGAGAAAGGACGGAGUGACAGAAAGAGGAGAGGAAAGCAGAGAGGAGGAGGAGGAGACACAGACGUCGUCAUGGGCUGCAACAUGUGUGUGGUCAAACGUCAGGAGGAGCAGUACAGGAUCAUGUUCCAGCAGAAAGGAUGGAGCAGCUCCCUGCGGCCGAUGGACCGACAGGGAAACAUGAAGGUCAGAGGUCGGAGAACCUCUCAGCCACCACUAGACAGGCCGCAAAACUCCCAGGAGCCUUUGCACCAACCCGGCUCGGUCCGUAAGGGUCACAGGAGGAAAGGUACAGGCGUGUGCGGCGGUAACGGCACCGGCAGCCCCUCCAUCUCCUCUGUUACCAUGGUAGCCAUCCCUGACUGCAUCGACAACGCCACGCAGACGGACAUCAGCUUCCAGAGCAUCAUGACGAUGGGGAGGAGCAGAGGUCACCACCACCACCACCACGGCCGAGGAGGCUCCUCCUCCCCUCCCCCUCCUCCCCCCUCCCCUCCCCUCCCGGGGCCGUACGGGAUCAAUGAGUUCUGUGUGUUCGAGUACAAUGACCCCAACGACUACUUUGACGUGUCUAAUCAUGAGGUGGACAGACAGGAUGACCUGGAGUACGAGGAGGUGGAGCUGUACAAGUCCAGUCAGCAGGAGAAGCUGGGUCUGACCGUGUGCUACAGGACGGACGACGAGGAGGACCUGGGGAUCUACGUGGGAGAGGUUAAUCCAAACAGCAUCGCAGCUAAAAAUGGACGAAUCCGAGAGGGCGACCGAAUAUUACAGAUUAACGGAGUCGAUAUUCAGAACAGAGAGGAAGCGGUGGCCAUUCUGACCCGAGAGGACAGCAUCAACUUCUCCCUGCUGCUGGCCAGGCCCGAUAUAGAGAAUGAGAACCCCGUGGAUCCAGAGGAGGACAUGGAGCUGACGCUGGAGGGAGGAGUUCUCCACCCAAACCCUCAAGCUUCCUCCUGCUCCCUCAACUCGCCUCAUCUUUCAGGCUACUAUCGCCUCCGCAGAAGAGGUGGAGGAGGCCUGCCCUGCCCUGGAGGAGGUGGGGAAGCAGGACGUGGAGACGGUGCAGGGGGUGACGGGGAAGUGGAAGAGGAGGAGGAUGAAGAGGACGGAGAGAGAGGAGAGAAGGAGGACAGAGACCCACCAGUCCCUCUCCCUCCUCUGCUAAACCUGGCUCCACUGCUGUCCAACAGCCAGGAGCUGGACAGCGGCGUGGGCCGGACCGACGACAGCACCCGCUACGAGGAGCUGUCUGAGCAGGACCUGCUGGGGGAGCAGACCAGCGCCUGCAACACCAACACCACCAACACGCCGGGGAGCAUCAGGAAGUUCAGACCCAGCCCCAGGCCCAGUCCCAGACUCAGUCCCGGCCUCGGUCCGAGUCCCAGGCCGACGCCCAGCCCUGGACGAGGAGACACCACCCCUCCUUUCCUCCACCUGCGAGACCUGCAGCUCAGCUCGGACUCUCUCCCCGGCCUCGAGUGGACGGCAGGAGGAGGAUCAGGAGCAGCAGCGUGCAGCCCCCACCACCUCCAUCACAAGCACCACCACCACCAUCACCAGCCGCCUCUGACCAUGAUGAUGAUGAUGCCGGGCCUGACGGAGGAGGAGUGCCAGCGAUACCAGGAGCUGCUGGAGAUAAAAUGUCAAUACGAGAGACGCCAUAAAAAACAUCACAGAGAGAAGGCGAAAAAAGGUCGUGACGACACCGAUGUGCACGCAGAAGGUCGAGAGGAAAUACAGGAGGCGGAUCAGGAAGAAGAGGAAGCUACUUCCUGCCUGGUGGUGGAUGUGAACUGCAACGAGACCCUGAGUGAGCACGAGAUGGCGCUCAUCGAUGAGGAGUUGCGCCACCUGGAGUUUAAAUGCCGCAAUAUUCUCCGGGCACAGAAGAUGCAGCAGCUGAGAGAGAGAUGCCUGAAAGCCUGGAUGAUGGAGGAGGAGACGGUGCGACCGGGCGCCUCAGAAGCAGACGUGGAUAACGUGGAUAACGAUGACAACGACGACCCUCAUCAUCACGAGUUGUCGUCCAUCAACGAGCUCCCGGAGCGCGAGCGAUUGGACGACAGAGACAGCACCAGCGCCUACAACACCGGAGGGGAGAGCUGCCGGAGCACGCCAUUGGUCAGCACGGAGCAGAUCCCGCCUCUGCAGGAAGAGGAAGACGAAGCAGGGCGGCGACUGAUGUCUCCGCCUCCUCUCCUCCCCCUGGCUCUCCUCCCCCCUCUGAACUCCCCUCUGACCCCGCGGCGUCACAGGCGGGACAGAGAGAGACGCCACUCAAACCUCAGCUGCUCCUUCUCUCCAAGCACUUACAGGAAAUGCGAAACAGCCAAUGGCAGCGGGGCAAAUGGCUCAAGCUCCACCCCCUCCACACCCUCCAAGUUCAGGUCUCUGACCAGGGAGGGGGCGUCGUCUUCAAGAAGGGGUGUGGCUGACCGAGGGCGGAGCUCCAUAGCAGAUGGAGCCGCCAACAGGCCUGGAGGUGGAAGUGCAGAGUCCAGUCCCUAUUUCACCCGGAGACACCACAGCCACAACAAACCACCGGAGCGCUACCAGAGCUGUAUGACCCUGCCCUCCGAGGGCCUGGUGGACCCCCUGGACCGAGUCAGAGACCAAACCAGGGCCGAGGGGGAGGAGAGGGGGGCGGGCACAGGGAGCAGUGGGCCGGCCAGUCCGAGGAGUGUGAACAGCGCCCCCUGUGGUCUGGAGGACCGCCACGCUGGAGCCUCGCGGUUAGGACUGGUCUUACCACUUGGGCUGACACAGUCAUCACCAACGGCCUCACGGCAGCGCAUGGAGUGGAAGGUGAAGAUCCGCAGCGACGGGACCCGCUACGUGGCCAAGCGGCCGGUCAGGGACCGUCUGCUGAAGGCCAGAGCCAUGAAGAUCAGGGAGGAACGCAGCGGCAUGACGACCGACGACGACGCUGCCAGCGAGAUGAAGCAGGGCCGCUACUGGAGCAAAGAGGAGAGGAAGCAGCAGCUGCUCAGAGCCAGAGAGUACAGACGGAGACGAGAGUUCAUGAUGCAGAGCCGCCUGGACUAUCUCAAAGGAGACAGGGACCCGACAUUAGAGCACUGCUCCUCCCGACAGGACUCCCCCAGCAACAACAUCCUGUCACUGAGCCAGAAGAAGAUCACCAAGAAGAGGAACCGGAGAAUCCUCGACAACUGGAUCACCAUCCAGGAGCUGCUGGCUCACGGCUCCAGGUCGCCAGACGGAAAGAAAAUAUACAACCCUCUGCUUUCUGUGACCACGGUGUGAUACGAGAACGGAGACGAGAACGGAGGGAUGAAAGGGAAAAUACAAACUUGGAACUAAACAAUCGAAGCUUCAGAUUUGUUUGAGCUGGAAGUAACAAUUUUGUGGAAAUAGGAGAAAUUCUGGAGGAAAAGAGGAAACUUUUAUGGCUUCAAACUGUGAAGAGUGAGAAAGAUACGAAGGAGUAAAGAAAUGAGAGGAUACAGGAAGAAGUGCUGCAAAAGAACUAGAAUAUCAGAAAAUAGUUCUGAAAAACUGGUGAUGACUCUGAAAAAUCAAGUAACUUUAUACAUUUUCAGGUUUGAAAAUGAAUUGUUGAGGUAGAAAGAGAGAAUAUAUGAAAUAAAUGGAUCCUGAUGUUUCAUCUGAAGACGACAGGUUGUCCCUUCAAACUAUGUAAAGAUGUUUUUAAGGAGGUAAAUGAUCAGACAGAGGUUUGUUAAGACUUGUUAAAAAGGGGAGAGGGGUCCAUCACAGACACGUCCUGACACAUGACCUCCCUUGGGAAUUCCUCCUCAGAACAGAUGUGACUUUAACCCGGUUCAUGCACCGUCGCCCUCCAAGUAAAUGGAAGUAAAGCUAACGCACCCACAACGAGGGUGGAGCAAUUUCUCUUGUAAACACUUCACUGGGCAUUAUAUUGUUUUUUUGAGUUGUUGCACAAAGAAUUCAAGCGAGCACAGAAGCAGCGUGAGCACAAGGAGAAGAGCUGAAGCUGGAGCACAGAAUCUGUCCAAGCACAGAAAUAUCCGAGUGCAAGCGCACAGUCUGAGCACAAGCAGAGCUCGAAGCACAAGCAGGGGCUUUAAAGCUUUAUAAAAUCUGAACGUCAGAUCACGAAGUCCAGCUCUCAAAGUGAAUAGAGGGAAAAUGAAAUCCAUCCAGACCUCCUGUAGUCUGAGCUCAGUUCCCGAACCCAAAGUGAGGAGUCACAUGACCUGUGAUAUAAUACAGAGUCUAUGUGUCACACUUUGUUUUCAUAUAAAGUUUCAUUUGAUUUUCUCCUCUUCAGACUUUGUACAGAAACGUAUGUGAUGACACAUAUUAAAAUAAUAGUAAAGUAUUAUUGAUGCAGCUGGAGGCGGAGCUUCAGUUUCAACACCACAAUGUGCAUUGGUGGAAACAUCCUCCUUCUAUACCCGACUGUCAGAUCUCAUUGAUCUGCGAUGUUCCUCUCAUGCCUUUAAAUUUACAGGUGCAUCAUUUUCCCACAAUGCCUUUUGAAGACUCCAGGGGACCGAUAUGAUUGUUACUUGACUGUUUAUUUUGUACCUUAUUAUUACAUGUUACAUUGCUGAUAUUAUGUCCAUUAAAUUGUGAGGUCAUGAGGUCGAUCAUCGCAGCAGGAUGGUGGAUGACGUGCUGGGCCUGUGUAACAGGAGAUAUUAUAAUGCAUGAAUUAAGUACUGAACUUUGUGGAUUAUUGGACAUAACUCUUGAUCUCAAGUCGUGUAGCGUACAAAGCCUUGUGCAGACAUUUUUUUAGUAGUGAAAGGCGUGAAAGUGCUAAAACUUUAGAGUUAAUUAAAUGAAAUAUAACGAAAUAAUGA